AUGCUAGUAAAGUACCUAUGUUCAUGUUUGCUGGUCGUUUUGUGGGAUAAAAUAGUAAGACGAAAUGAUUUGACGGUGAUAAAUGAACAACGAAUCAGUCCAAAAUAUUAUUUCACAGAUGAUGGCACUAAUUUGCUCAAUCAUCCAAACGUAACGCUUGUGCUGAGGUGGAAUGUUGUGCCAAAUGCUGGUUAUUUAGCACUCGCACAAGGAGAAGGUCAGCAUAUACUUCAUUUCCCUCCCACCUAUUAUACAGGUCGUUUUUAA